AUGAAGCACAAACGCCAAACUUUGAGCAAGCAAGGCGAAGAAGGUGAUGAGAAGGAAGGGACGGGAAAACCGAAAUCUGAGAAAGGACUUUUGCUCCACGAUGAGAACAGCAAAAAGAGUUGUCAGAGCUGCGAGCUUCCACCAGGCAUGCUGGGAGAUCACCUCGCCUCCAGGAAUAACAACAACAACAAUACCAGCUUCAACAACAACAGCAACGCCAGCAGCGGGGCCUCCAGUGUCACCAGCACUGCGAGUUCUUUCGAAAAGUUGGAGGAAGACUCCAGGUCUAACGAAAGCAGGGUACUCACCUCGCCCGGACUGAUAGGCAAGAGGCCGGGUGAGGUGGUCGUCAAGACGGAAGGCCUCAGCCUCUGCAGCUCCCCGGGCAAGAAGAUGGUCAAGGAGUCCAGGCUCAUCUCUCCAGACGUCGCCGUCAAGGCCCUCACCCCCGCCUCCACCCCGGGCACCCCGCUUGGACCGCAGGUCAGCCCCCUCGAGAUAGCGGGUCCGUACUCCCGACCGAGGAGCUCUCCAACGGCAGCGACUGCAGUAGCUACAGCUACAGCUUCUGUAACAACAAUUCUACCUAAUUCACCUGUCGUCAAUCCCUCGCUGGUGCAGAUCGUGAGGUGUACUGCUCCUAAUUCCUUCCCCUCACCUCAACGUCAUGACUAUAGGCAGCAGUACCGACAGAAUUACCCGAGGGACUAUGCACAGCGAUACCCGGACUACAGGCAGCAGAGUCCUAGACCGAACGGCAUACAUGCGGCUCGACAACGUGGUUUCAACCAAUACCAAUACCAGAACAUGUAUAACGGGUACGGGCAGGAAUACAACUACCAGCGGCAGUACAGUUAUGAGGAGUAUCAGAACUACAGCUACCAUUACGAACAGCAACAACAACAACAACAACAGCAGCAGCAACAGCCGCAAGACUAUUACCAAGAAAACUACCAAGAGUACACCAAGGCGGGGCAGGCGGCGGGCUACUACGAGAACCAGAUGGGGCACCAAGGGGGCGAAGCCUCAUCGGUGCCGAACCACUACAUCUCCUCACCAGACCCGUUCCCAGUGAACGCCCCCUCAGGAACCAGCCUCAUGACGCCCCCGAACAGCGUGCGAACCGAGUCUUCGGACCACUAUACCUCCUUCCAUCACUUCUACGGCGAACAGCAGCAACAUCAACAAUCCGAGAACAGUAACAGUUCCUCUGACUUUAACUUCCUGACUAACUUAGCCAACGACUUCGCGCCUGAGUAUUACCAGCUCAGCUGA